AUGGAGGAUUCUACUGCGCUGAUUGCCGGGCCUCACGUCGAGCACACCCAGCCCAAAGACAGAUAUCUAUAUCCCCAAAAUGACGCUCUGCCGCCUUCAGGCGAUGUUGAUGUGGAUAUCGACGAAGCCUGGCGUCGUUUUGAAGUAGCGAGGAGAUCAGCAGAGUUCUAUAUGGAUAGGUAUUUCCAGCACCUCAAAGCUGGAUCUGCCCGGCCAGAGACUGCGCCAAACUCGCAUUUCGAUGCAGUUGAGACUCGAGGAGAACAGCUGCGUAACGGCAGAUACUGGGGCAUGAAAGCGGCUAGAGACUGCCUCAUCAGGGACCUGAACGAGAUGAGCCUCUGGAUCGAGCAAUUGGCAUUGUCGCGGCAGCCGGAAGUCAGAAUCCCUAUCGGUGUGGCUUUCUUCUCGGGAAUGGCAAUAUCUGGUCUUCAACAGGUCAGAUCAGAGCUACUCCAGGCGGUGGUAUGCGUCGGAACAGGAGCGGCGCUGCUGACGUUAGUGUCGUCGUUGGGGUACAUGCUCCAUGGGAUAGGCCGGCGGGAAGCGUACUCGCAUUACAAGGAGUCCAUUUCCCAGUGCCUGGAUGCUGCGUAUGGCUGGACCUUGACGGAUGGUCAUCAAAGCGUGGUGAGGAAGCAUCAGUAUCAGUUGUUAAGAGGGUUGAGCUGA